UUUAAUCUACAUUGCGGUGUAAUGCGUCGAUUUAAAGCGUGGUUAUCUUGAAAAUUCUUUCUUUUAUAAGUUUCAGUGAUGUUGUUUGUAAGUGAAAUGCAGUUUUUUACUCCAUCACAAGUGAUAAACAUUUUUACACCAUAAUUUACCGUCCUUAUGUGUAAAUCCUCAAAGAUGGUUUCUGGGUCGACGAGGGUGAUUCAAGUCACUAAUAUCGCGCCCCAGGCGACGAAGGACCAAAUGCAAACUUUGUUUGGUUAUCUGGGUAAGAUUGAUGACAUAAGACUAUAUCCAACGAUUAGAGAUGUAUCAUGUCCUGUGCAGUCCCGUAUAUGUUAUGUGAAGUACUAUGACUCUGCUACAGUCAAUGUAGCUCAACAUAUGACAAACACGGUUUUUAUCGACCGUGCAUUAAUUGUAAUACCCAUGCAGUCAGGUGAGAUACCUGAUGAGCAUAAAGCACUUGAGAUGUCAAGCAAUGGGACACUAGUGCCUGGCUUAAGUACUGUAGAGCCAAGAUUACCAUCACAUGUGGUGAACACCUUAGAAGGCGUUCCUCCAAACCAAGUUAUCCAAAGUUAUGACCCUAAAAUGGCAGCUGCGGGAGUUCCAGUAUAUCCACCCCUGCCAGCGGCUUAUGAUUCUAGAAAAAUUGAAGAAAUACGAAGAACAUUACUUGUCAUAGAUGUAGGUGAAUUAACACAACAGCAAUUGAUUGAUCAUUUUACUCAAGCUGGAGAAGUUAGUUAUCUAAGGUUUUGUGAUAGAGAAGCAGACAAUCUUAAAUAUGCUCUUGUGGAAAUGUCUGAGCAGGAGUGUGUUAUUAAAGCUUUACAGUUGAAUGGAAGUACUGUUGAAGGGCAGACUAUUAAGGUACAUCAUGCAACUCAAGCUAUUUGUAAGCCACAAACUAAGAGUAACGAGGCUGCCCAGAGAGAAAUAGAAGAAGCCAUGUGUCGGGUGAAGGAAGCUCAGAACUACAUUUCAGCUGCUAUUGAUCCAGUGAUUGGACUCUUGUCAAAGGAGAAAAGACGGACGCGGUCUAGGUCGCGAUCCAGGCGGCGGUCCCGGUCGCGGCGAUCGCGGUCGCGUUCUCGGCAUCGCAGCAAGCGCUCGCGUUCCCGUUCCCGCCAUCGCUCGCGUCGCUCCCGCUCCCGACACGCGCACCGCACCAGGUCUCGAUCCCGUCAACGAAGUUCCCGCGUAUCUCGCUCUAGGUCGCGUCAUCGCUCCUCGAAGUCCAAACGCGACCGGUCGCGUGAGCGCGAUCGUGACCGCAAAGACAAAGACAAAGAAAAAAAGAGUUCCAGUGAAAGAGAUAAAGAUAAGAAGGAAAAAUCUAAGUCUCCGAUUAAAGAUAUCGAAAAAAAUGAUAAGGAAAAUGAAAAACCUGAAAAGGACGAAUCCAAGCCGGAAGUCGUCGUCGAUACCAAUGGACGACCCGAAUCCGACGCAAAAUCAAAAGCAUCAACACCAGUAAAUGAUAAGGAAGAAGAACCAGAGAAAGAUAAGAAAAAAGAAAAGGACAAAGAAAAAGAUAAAAAGGAGAGGGAUAGAGAAGACAAGAAGGAAAAGGAUAAAGACAAAGAUAAAUCUCCGUCCAAAAGGCGAGACCGUUCAAGGUCUCGGGAGAAAAAACGCGACAGAUCACGAUCUAAGCGUAGGUCUCGUUCGCGAUCUAGAAGGAAACGAUCGAAAUCUAGAAGAAGGUCGCGAUCUAAAGAUAGGAAACGGUCUCGUUCCAGAGACAGGAAGAAAUCUAGAUCACGGGACCGUAAACGUUCCAGAUCUAGAGAUAGGAAAAAGUCGCGGUCUAGAGACAGAAAGCGGUCCAGGUCGAGGGACCGCAAGCGGUCCCGCUCACGGGACAAGAAGCGGUCGCGAUCCCGCAGCCGCCGCUCCAAGAGCCGCUCCCACAGGGACUCCAAGACACCGCACGAACGAAAGUCUAGAGACCAAACACCUCUGCUUCCUGUACCAGAAGAAAAAGAAACGACUUUAAACGACUCCAAACUUCAGGAUAUGGCGGAUGAAAAGAAUUCUCCAGACAACAUGGAUAUUUCUAAUUCACCGUAACUUUAACUAAAGCCACAUAAGUAAUAUUUCUCAUGAGUCUUUCACUUUAUUGCCAAUGUACAUUUCCAAUUCCAAAUAAAAUAAAUUUUGAAUA